AUGGGAGUUCCAGAAAUCGAAAAGACUACUGUCGCCGAUUCGCCUCGGAGCAAGUCUCCCUCUUCUGUCGAUGCACGAGGAGUACAGCCUAGCGUUGUAGGACUUGUCCAGGAGGAACCGAAGCUUACAUGGCGGUCAUAUGUAUGGGAUACCUUAGACAAGUCGCCCGAGGAACGGAAGUUCAUGUUCAAGUUGGACGCUGUGAUUCUGACUUUUGCAAGUUUGGGAUACUUCAUCAAGAAUCUUGACCAGAUUAACAUCAACAAUGCCUUUGUGUCUGGCAUGAAAGAAGACAUGAAGCUCUUUGGCAAUGAGCUCAACUACAUGCAAGCUUGCUGGACUGUCGGAUACGUCAUUGGCGAAAUUCCUAGCAACAUCCUUCUCACCCGUGUCCGCCCAUCUAUCUGGAUUCCUGCAUGCGAAUGCACUUGGGCCAUUCUAACAAUCCUUAUGAUCAAAUGCACAAACGUCACACAGCUUUACGUUCUCCGUUUUUUCAUCGGUCUCGCCGAGAGUACAUUCUACCCCGGCAUGCAAUACAUCAUCGGGUGCUGGUACAGAAAAGACGAACUCGCCAAACGCUCCUGCCUCUUCCACUCCGCGGGAUCCAUUGGUUCUAUGUUCUCUGGAUACCUCAUGGCCGCCGUCUAUAAUCUCAGCGGUGUCCACGGAUGGAAGGGCUGGCAGUGGCUCUUCAUCGUCGAUACUGUCAUUUCUCUGCCGAUUGCAAUUGCCGGGUUUUUCUUUCUGCCUGACGUGCCUGAGAUCACGAAAGCCUGGUGGCUGACGAAAGAUGAUGUAGCGCUUGCGCAGAAACGGAUGCAGCUUGAGGGGAGGGCGAACCGGCAACCAUUUACAAAGGCCAAGAUUAAGAAGAUUUUCACGAGCUGGCAUAUCUAUGCCCUAACUGCACUGUAUAUCUUCUUCAACAACGGAUGCGGUAUCAUGAGUCAACCCGCCUUCCAGCUGUGGUUGAAAGGAGAGGGAUACUCUGUCAAGGAGUACAACACAUACACGACGAUUACCUCCGCUAUCACGGUCAUAACGACGUGGAUCUACGCCUGGUCCUCAGACUCCGUUUUCAAGGGGGAGAGAUGGCCGCCAAUAGUCUUCUCUGGAACACUCAACGUUGUGCUCUACUCGAGUUUGGCGGCGUGGAAUAUUUCCGAUUCGUGGAAAUGGGGAUGUUUCCUGCUGGUUGGAUUUGGUGGUGGCAUCAGCGGUUUGACCUUCGCGUGGGCCCAUGAGAUUUGCAAAGACGAUAACGAGGAGAGGGCGCUGGUAACGGGCUCGAUGAACCAGAUGGCGUACGUUUUCCAAGCAUGGUUGCCGCUGCUUAUCUGGCAGCAGGUCGAGGCACCUCGGUACCCGAAGGGUUAUAUCACGAUGAUUUUCUUUGCCGUUGGUAUGGCGGGGACUUCGCUGCUGAUCAGGUUCUUGCAUCGGCGGGAAUUGGGGAAGAAGCUGGCAGUACCGGCUGCUUGA